AUGGCGGCUGGAAGACAUGGAAGCCAAAAAGACAAUGAGUUCAAGGGUCGCAAGAUGGACUUGGGGCUGCCAAAGAAGGAUGUUGGGAGUGUUAAAGGGGAUUAUGAUCGUUUUAGGAACGGAGACUGGGAUAAUGGGCAAAGGCGAAGGCAGGUUUGGGUUCGAGAUAGUAGGGAUUAUACAGGUACGGUUGGACAGAAGGAUAUUAAGAAAAGGGUGGUGAUAAAUGGUGGGUAUCAUUCUACUUCAAAUCAGAGUGAUUCUAGCAGUAGUGGUGGUGGGAGGAGGAGUGAACUUGCAGUUCAUGUCAUGGAUCGAGAGCCUGGGGAGCUGUCUAGUGAUGGGUCUGAUGAGGCUAUUGAUUUGGGAUCUCGGAUUAAUAUAGAGAGUGAGGUUAAGACUUUAGAAAAUGGAAAACAAUCAUUGCCUGUCCAGAAUAAGAAGCAUAAGAAGCGAAAGUUUUCUCCAAUUGUUUGGGAUAGAGAUGACAGGGAAUUGAGUAGAGCAUUCGAGAACGGGAAUGUUUCUGAUACUACUAAUUUACCAUCUUCACCUCCUGUGGUCAAUUCAAAUUGUCAGUCAUCUGCCCCUUCUCCGGAUGAGUCUGUACAGAUUUCACCUAAGCAAGAACGUGAGGUUCAGAAUUCUAAAGCCUCACUUCCUGAGAUUGAUUUAGUGCUAGAGGUGUUGGAAGUUCCUGUUGAAACAUCUUCCUUGUCUCACGAGGAAGAGUGUCAUGGUGGUGACCAAGGAGCAGAGGAAUUGGACGCUGAAGAUUUUGAAUCUACUCGAACCAUUAUGUCCUCUCGUUGGGCAAAUAAUGCUGAAUCCCCAGUUGAUAAAGGUGUGAUUUAUGAUAAUGGAGAUACGCCUAAAUGGAAGGUGUGUAGGUCUGGUUCUGAGUCGGCUCUAGUAUGGGGACAUAGGAAAUCAGCAAGUCCAGAGCUUGGAGAGGUUAAAGGUGAAGGAUCUAAAGGAACUAUGGGGAGGUCCUCUGGAUCUGAUGAGUGUGUUAGGUCUUCUAGUAGAGAUAGUUACCCCAACGAUGUUGGUAAGAAUGACUACAUGGUGAUAGAUGAGGACCGUAAUUAUGGUGCUACUAGUGUUAGCCAGUCAGAUAUGGAAUCUGCUGAUGAAUUAGGUUCUUAUGGUACACCAGAGCCUGCUCUCACCCCAGAAAGGAGUGUGAAUAUGCUUCAGGGGUGCAGAAGUGUUGAUGAGUUCGAGAGAAUGAACAAGAUAAAUGAAGGAACUUAUGGGAUUGUUUAUAGAGCCAGGGACAAGAAGUCUGGAGAAAUUGUUGCUUUGAAGAAGGUCAAGAUGGAGAAAGAGAGAGAAGGGUUUCCUCUGACUUCGCUUCGGGAAAUUAACAUCCUUCUCUCUUUUCAGCAUCCUUCAGCAGUGGAUGUCAAAGAAGUAGUUGUGGGUAGCAAUCUUGACAGCAUCUUCAUGGUCAUGGAGUAUAUGGAACAUGAUCUUAAGAGAUUGAUGGAGACAAUGAAACAGCCGUUUAGUCAAAGUGAAGUUAAAUGCCUUAUGCUCCAGCUGUUAGUGGGUGUCAAAUAUCUUCAUGAUAAUUGGGUACUUCACCGAGAUCUGAAAACAUCAAAUUUACUUUUAAAUAAUCGAGGUGAGCUGAAAAUCUGCGAUUUUGGUCUGGCUCGGCAAUAUGGGAGCCCCCUGAAACCUUAUACUCAUUUGGUGGUUACUUUGUGGUACAGGGCGCCAGAACUUCUUCUGGGAGCCAAACAAUAUUCUACUGCAAUUGAUAUGUGGUCUGUGGGAUGCAUUAUGGCCGAACUGUUAUCAAAAGAACCAUUGUUUAGUGGAAAAACAGAGUUUGAUCAGCUUGACAAGAUUUUUAGAAUCCUCGGCACACCAAAUGAGACAAUCUGGCCUGGGUUUUCCAGACUUCCUGGGGUGAAGGUUAACUUUGUCAAGAAUAAAUACAAUCAAUUGCGUGGGAAAUUUCCAGCUACGUCAUUUACUGGCUCACCAGUACUUUCUGAUGCUGGAUUUGACCUGUUGAACAAGCUUUUAACUUAUGACCCCGAUAAGCGGAUAACUGCUGAAGCAGCUCUGAAGCAUGAAUGGUUCCAAGAAGUUCCACUUCCCAAGUCUAAGGAGUUCAUGCCAACAUUUCCUGCUCAGCAUGUGCAAGACAGGCGUAUAAGAAGAGCAACGAAGAGUCCUGACCCUCUAAAAGAGCAACAGAGGAAGGAGUUGCAGCAAGAAGAAUUAGGCGCUGGUGGUUUAUUUGGCCAAUAA